AUGGUCGACGACACGACCAAGGAGACCAAACCCCCCAGAAAAGAGACAACAAACGGCACAAUCAACACAGAUCCUGAGGAAACGAUUGACGAUGCCACGAACGGCGAGAUGAAGGAAAACGGCGAGGAGAAGCAAGAACCUAAAAAGCCUCUCGCUCCCUUCGGCUCAAUCGCAUCAACCAAGAAUAUCUACAAGUCGCCAAAGGACAGCGAUGGAAAUUGGACGUGGGUUGACAAGUACCCCGAAGACGUCCAGGACGCAGCCGAGAAUGAAGAGACAGAGCAGUACGCCGUCGUCGUGCGCAAUGUCAAGAGCAACGAUAGCCGCAAGAAGCUUGAAGCAGACUCCAUUGUCAUCCAGAGUCCCUGGUUAAAGAAGGCGCUCGUUGAGAUUCUGGAUGGCUACACUGGCGUUGCUUGUGAGCUGGAGCGCCUUGAAUUCGACGCACCGUUCCGCCCUUUUGUGCACCGCUGGACGGAGUUCCGCAAGUACCUGAACAAGAAAGACCUGGAUGAGACCGUUAAAGAGCAUCUCACGAUUCUGCACGAUAUUUUACAGUACGAAAUUGGCAACAUCAUUAAGGCGUUUGAGGACUACGUCACCAAGGGCGUCAUCACUUUCGAGCAUCUCUGGAUGAUUUUUCAACCAGGCGCCAUCGUCCUCUCCGCCCAUAAGGGGCCUCAGUCGGCCUUUGAACUCGAGGAGACAGAAUACAUGGAGAACCAGUGCGGCAAGUUCCUUCAGCUACGCGCUGAUUGCGUCGAUUAUGGCGGCAAGAACUUUGGCCGUCAUCGGGAGAAGCUCAACAUCCCUGAGUUCCUUGGUACGAAGAAAAUCACAGGUCUCAGCGCCUAUCCCUGGGCUUUCCACCCCGAGAAGGAUAAAUUCCGUGCGGCUCUGGUGCAUCGGGGCAAGAUCUUUGAGGAGCUCGCCGGUCACCAUUACAAGCAAUAUUCCGGUACCGCCAUCACAUGGGACCGUGAAGGCAACGAAGUACCUAUACAGGUCGAGGGUCGUGUAGUGAUUGACAUCAACUCUUUCAACCGCUUCAGUCCCUACUAUAACACCCGCUACUUGAGUGACUGGACGGCCAAGGACAUGGAAGCGUUGUCCGUGUGGAAACGUCAGCAUGGCACUGGAAAGGACGGCAACCUCAAAUUGACCCCGUACCAUCAAAUGCUUGCACGUUCCCGAACUCGUGGCUAUUCGCUCAAGCUGAAGAAAUGGUUGGAUUUUUUUGUCGAACAGGUGACUGAAAUUGACUGGAAUAGCAACGCCUUUGACAAGCUUGUGCUGCCCGAAGACCAAAAAGAGCUUAUCCUCGCUUUUUCUGAGUCGCAAUUAGAUGGCUCUACCUUUGAUGAUGUUAUCUCCGGCAAGGGCAAGGGUAUCAUUUGUCUGCUCUCUGGCCCCCCUGGCGUCGGCAAGACAUUGACGGCAGAGGCCGUGGCUGAGAAUUUGCGCGUGCCUCUACACACUCUGAGCUCCGGUGAUCUGGGUUCCGAACCGUGGGAAGUCGAGAACGGUCUCUCCCGGAUCCUUGAGUUGGUUGCACGGUGGAAUGCCAUCCUUCUUCUCGAUGAAUGCGAUGUUUUCCUCGAGGCGCGCUCGACGCAUGAUCUCGAGCGAAACAAGGUCGUCUCUAUCUUCUUGCGGACGCUUGAGUACUAUGAGGGCAUCCUCUUCAUGACAACCAACCGCGUUGACAACAUCGACCUGGCCUUUCAGUCUCGAAUCCACGUUUCUCUUGAGUACCCCGACUUGACUCCCCAAUCACGCCGCCAGAUCUGGCACAACUUUCUGCAGGGUGCGACCCUUAAGAGCGAGGUCUCAAAUGAGGACAUCACGGAGCUGGCCGAGUUGCAGCUUAACGGUCGCCAAAUCAAAAAUAUCCUCAAGACAGCGCAGUUGCUUGCUGCGAGGAAGAAGAGUGCAUUGAAGCGAAGCUUCAUUGAUGUUGUUCUCAACAUUGAAAAGAGGCGUCCUGGCGGUGAGGCUUCCUAG